UGAUGCCAGCCAGACCCGGCGAUGGGAUCCUGGUCCAGCACGCGGUCCGCCGUCUUGUCUACGUAUUGCAGGUCGCAGCGGCGGCAGACGGGGCCAGAGGGACCGGCUAGACUAGGCAGUCUGUACAGACGACAACAAAAACCCUCACUACGCCCAGCGAGAUGGUCCAUCACCACAACGCACUCUCUCCUACGCAACAAACCGCAGUGAUACCGCUGAGCUACGCGCAUACAUCGGUCACACUACUCUACCAAUUCGACACGGAAUACGACCAACUCCCUAGAUAGAAAACACUACUUGAAUAAGUAGUGGGAAAAAGCAAACCACCGACAUGGACGGCAGAACCGGUCGAUCCAUGGACGCUGGAUACGCCAUUCCCGGCGGAUUCCCAGCAUAUCCUGAGCCGCCUCGGCCCAGCUCACGACCUGCGACGGCGAGAGACUCUGAAGCGGAAACGAUGUCGGUUAGCCGGACGACGUCCAUGCCGAUCCCGCCGAAAGGCAUCUUGAAGAAGGCAAAGCCCCCACCGCCGCCACCGCGGCCGCAGGAUCCUCUUGCCGCACGCUUCUACAGAAUUCCCAGGCCUGAGCAGAUGCACCCCCUAUCACCCCCCGAAUCACCCACCUACCCCUCGGACAACAACAGCUACAGCGGCGACUUCGACACCGAUUCCCAGUCUACGUCGUCCAACCUCUCCAGCAACACCCAGGCCACGAGCGUCAUAUCCGAUGCCCCCAGCAAGCCCAGCCGGCCAUCUACUCUGGUUAGGCACGUACGCCACGCGCCUCUGCAUACGAACCGGGUCAGGUCGCGGCCGCGGUCCUCCAAGGCGCCAUCGGAAUCCGGCCGGAGCUCGGUGAGCAAGAGCUCAGUGGGAAAGAGCUCCGCCCACAGCACCAAGAGCAAGAGAACGAUUCACAUCCAGUUCGUGCCGUCGACGACGAACACCGCCACGGCAAACACCGCCGUGCCGCGGAACUCUCCAUCUCAAUCCAAGGAGCUCCAGCUGGCUCGGCGCCCCGACAGAAGCCUCGUGCGUAAGCUUGAGCAGCUAGAGUCGGAGACCGAGACUCUACGCAGGGACUUGGACGAUGCCUCAACGCAGCUGACGACCAGGGGGCAGCAGAAUAUGGAGAUCGUGCGGGCCCUUAACCUGGAGCGGAAUACCAAAGAGCUCAUCCUCCGAGACCUGCACGAGCAGAGGCGGAUAUCGGACGAUUUCCGCGUCGACUUCCAGUUGCAGCAGGACGAGCUGCGGAAGGUCGAGAAGGAUCGGGAUAGUCUUAGGUAUUCCCGUGACAAGCUCGAGAAGCAGGUCGCCAUGCUCGAGAGGGAGCUGGCGGAGCGAGACGCCGAUCGGCACCACCACGAGGACGAGCUUAGGCACGACAUCGAUGUCUUGGAAUCCACCACCACAAACCUCGAGAGGCAGGUCGACUCCCGCGACCGAGAACUCAGGGAAGUAUUGAUCGAGCGCGACACGGCCUGGGACGAGUCCAGGAGGCUCCAGGCGCAGGUCAAGGCCCUCGAGACCGACCGAGUCCCGUUUAAGAAGUUUAGGGAGGCGAUGGACGAGAAGGAGUCGCUGCGGGGUCAGAUCAACAAUGCACGCGGCGAGAAGGCCGCCCUCGACGAGAAGGUCAGGGGCAUCGAACAAGAGAUCGAGGUCCUCAAGCGGAAGAUUGCAGAACUCGAACACGACAAGCAAGCCCUCGAAUCCGACAAGCAGGCGCUCGAGUCCGAUAAGAGAGCCCUUCAAUCUGACAAGGAGGCACUUCAGGCCGAGUUAAGCGACAAGCAGACGCAGAUCGACGGCCUGACUGCCGAGCCAACCUGGUCAACAUGGAGAGCGAGCUCUCCGAGCUACGCGUGCGCAACAGCGUGCUCGAGACGGACAAGGAACAGCUCAUCACUCGCACGGUCGACUUCGACAAGGUGAGCGACGAUCUCAGCAAGCUGCGCCGGAAGAACGCAGACCUCGAGGCGCGCA